AUGCUCUGGGCGAGGGCCCAGGGCUGGUGGCUGCUGUGGACGCUGUCGUGUUGGCUCUUUGGGUGCUUCGCGGAGGGGGAGCAACAGCGUGGGGGACCGACCGUGUACUGCAAUAACACAGGCCCUUGCAUUCGGUGCACAGAAGAUCUUCAGGCACAUUGGGAUGUCUGCAGCCAGACAGGAUACUUCAGACCGGCAAGGUGCAGCGAAACACCCACUCAGGACUUCCACUUCAAGCUGACCCUCUCUGAGAGUGCAGCAAGCCAGCCCCCUAACGGCAGCUCCUGUUUGCCACUGACGCGCCUGCUGCACCGGCAGGGUCUCGCAUAUAAAAGCGAGGGGAUGACAGUUGCUGCUUUCGAAGCCCUGAUGAUAGGGCUAAUGAUCAUAUCGAUGGGGGUUGUGUGGUGCAGGAAGAGAAGGGGGUACUAA